AUAUUUGUAUAUACCACAGCUAACCUGCACAUAUGCUGGACAAAUUAUAUCCUUUUUGUCCUGCCGUGCUGAUCAAGUAAAGUGACAAUGAACACGGAAUGGCAUAUUCAACAAUAAAUUUGUGUAUAUAAAGCAAUGAUUAAAUUGGCCAUGAUACCGAUAUCAUACUACUGGUGGUGAAACUGAAAAUAACUGGUACAAAAUAACAAACUCGACCUAAAUCAUCAAAGUUCCGCCGACUCAACUCUGACCCCCUGUAUGUUGGUGAUUUCAUCAUGCACACCCUUUUACUGUGUUUACUGCCCCUUUACUGUAUACCAGUGAUUUCAUCAUGUGCACUAUCUAAUCAGUCAGUUCUGGCUUCACACAUUCUUUGGAGGCAAUAUAAAAAGCUCUUGACUGCAGGAGGAGGACACCAGAAGGCAAUACAACCACGGGACUGAAGGAUAUUUGAAGAGGUAAACUCUACUCAUCUUGCAAAAAUGAAGUUCGCUCUUGCUGUCGCCCUCGUUGUGCUAGUUAUUUCUCAGGGCACUGAGUCUGCAUCUCUGGAGAAGCAUGAUAUCCCUGCAGAGAUUGAGAAGAUCACCAAGUACUUCCAGGAUCUGAGCAGAAUGCUGACCAUCACCAGCACUGAACUGAUUGAGACGCUUAAGGCCCAUGACCUGACCGGCAAGACUGAGGCCCAGGUGCAGCCACUGCUGGAGAAGGUCAAGGAACAGCUGAAACCCCUGGCAACCAACUUUGAGGAGCAGUUCAAACCCUUGUCUCAGUCUAUCCUGGCCCAGCUGAAACCACUGGCUCAAUCUGUCGAAACCCAGUUGGAGGAUCUCCUUGAGACGGUGAUGGCCCAGACCAAAGCCCUGCUUCCCCCCCAGUAAAGCAACAGGCCUUGCUGACUCCAAAUGUGCAAAUUGAGGACAAAAGAAUCCUGUUACAACUUUUGAAAAUGCUAUGCUGCUAUCCUGAACCCCUCUAAGCCUGGGAAUGAGUUUACUGAUAAUUUAUUUAAGAUCAUUAAAGAGCUUCAAAGGUGACCAUCUUGUGACCUCCUGUUUUUUGUGAUAGAACAGCUAAUCAUGUUCUUGUGUUUAAAAUUUCAACAAAACAAAAACACAAAAGAGGU